UCCAUGCUAAUGCUCUGCUCCCUGUGGUCCCUUGUUCCAGCCGUCGGCUCCGGUUUGAACUACACUGCAGUUACUCCAAGCAGAGGUGCUGCUGCUCCAAAUCACACUUGUGUCUGUCCCUCCAGACCCUCCAUACAAACUGAGCCAUCACGUCCUACUGCUGUUCAUACCUACCUUGCCGGCUUUAACAACCACCGACCUGAACAACGCCGUCAGUGGAGAGACUGAAAAAAAAACUGAAAACGUUCAGCGCGCGACGGUUGGUCAAACGCGACCGAAUCUGUCGACCAACCGCCACCGACGGUGACGUAUUGUAAUGGAGGAUUUUUUGUGCUCGAAAAGAGGAGGAGUCUAUUUGUGAGCGAGAGGGGGGAUCAGUCGGCUGAGUCCGCUAAAGCACAACUACACGGUUGUUGUGGCACAGCUUACUUGUUUUCCCGGUGAAUGCAGAAACCGGUGGAUUGAUAACCGCAUCCUGACCGCGACGGCUUGUACCCAACCGGGUCCGGAAGAGUUCGCCAGUGGCAGGAGGAGGAGCAGGCGGUCUGCUAUAGACGAGACGGAAAAUCGCGGGAACGUCGGUAGGCGACGCGAAAAGUCGGUUGUCGAAGGAUUCAGUGGCAAUCCAUGACCAGGAACCUUUCAGGCUGAAGACAGCAAUGGAAGUUGUUGUGACAGAGGAAAAGAAGAAGAUUUUCCGAGCUAGGAAGACCAUGAAGAUAAGUGAUCGACAGCAACUGGAGACUCUUCACAACACUCUGUUGACAGCGGCUCCAAGUUUGUCCGACUCAUCUCCGUCACCUCUAAUGAACGGCACACACAAAGAGGACGGGCAAAAAGCGGGGGACAGAGAGCAAAACAACAUCUCGGACUCAAACUCCCCACAAGCGACAUCCCCUGCUUCUCCUGCUCCUUACCUGUCACUAAAUCUGUCCCCUUCCCCGGGCUCCUCACAAAGUCCAAAAGCUAAGGAAGAAACUCCGACUUCUCCCGCAUCACCAUUCCACUCUCUGAACUUUGAACUGAAAAAGAUGGAGGAUGAGGAGGAAGUGGAGGAGCAGAAAACUUUGUCCUCAUCGAAGGAGUCUGUUACACCAGCUUCAACAGAAUCCAAGGAAAAACACGAAAAAGACUCUGAAGUGACCCCAGGGGCGGAAAAGAAAGAGGAGGACCAGACUACAACAGAGGACCCGUCCGAGGAUUUGUUGAAGGAUUCCGUUAAAGGUUCGGCUCCAUGCUCGCCUGUACCACCUCCAGUAUCUGACUGCACAGAACCAAUGGAUACAGAUAGUGACACUACAAAGGCCAAGGACCCCGGGGCCUCAACAGCCAAAAUCAAAGAUGAAAAGCCUUCUUCCCCCAAAUCUCCCACUACCACUGAUUCCUCUUUUCCCUGUCCUUCUCCGUCUCAACCAGCUUCUUCCUCUAAGGAUACAAAGCAAGAAAAGGAAAUCAAAGAGGAGGACAUAAAAGAAAAGGAGGAUAAAAAAGAGGGUGUGAAGAAAGCAUCACUAAAUGAGGAAAAGAUGGAGGUGUACUCUGUGAAAGUAGAGCCCAAAACGGAAAAAACAGAAGUUGGACAAACAAAAAAGCCAUCACGGCCUUCAUCCACUCCACCAUCCAAUACAGUGCAAGAGGAGAGGGGCUCCACCUCUGGACUGAAGCGCACUUUAUCUGAGGGUUCUGAAAAAGAUGGACAACCGAUAAAAAGGGAGGGGAAGAGGCCCAAAGUGGAGCGUGAGGAAUUGGAGGCACAACUUGAACUUAAAAUCACUGCAAAAGCUGGCAGUCACCAUAAACUUGAAAAGAUUGUGCAACAGCUGGUAGAUGAACGGUUGAGGGUCUUGGAGCUGACCAUUUUUGACAAACAUUUCCAAGAGCUGAAGGACAGAGUAGAAAAGAUCGACUGUGCCACCAAACACCAAACCGCCAUUAACACACUCCAGGCCAAGAUAAACCGGUUAACGAAAAAGUUCGGAGAGGCUAAUCAGGCUUCAGAGAACAAAAGGAAACAGAAGGCUCUUGCUGCUGCUACUGCCGCCACCGCUGCCGCCGCUGCUGCUGCUGCUGGUGCUACUGCUGUUGUUGCCAAGACUGCAACUGUUGCAAACAUCCCUCAAGGUCAACGGCCAGUCCGCACUUCAAUGGAGGUAAAGCAGAAUCCAACAACUGUUUCUUCAACCUCCACAGUUGCAAAUCCAGCCCAGCUUGCCCCACCAGCUUCUGCCACAGGUCCAGCCCAUACAUCCACCUCCACUGCCAUGGUUUCACAAGCCCCCAUUCUCCAGCUGAUCACCUCCACCUCUAAUGCUGGCAACACCUUGACCACUGGCAUCACCACUCAGAGUCCCACAGGCACCCUGCUGCUGAAGACGGCUCCCGGGAGCGGCAUGGUGGCUGCGGGCCAGCCGCUGCUCAUCCAGCUGCCUAUAUCAAUGGCUAAUGGCCAGCCGGGAACGCUGGUCAACAUCCCUGUCUCCUCUUUGUCUGCAGCCAGCUCUCUCACCAAGGCCAAAACCACUGCUGCCACCACCACAUUUAUACUCAAGCCUGCUCCCGCUACUACCACUUCGUCCUCUGUCCCAGCUGUUACCACAGUCCCAGCGCUCCAGGCCUCCACUGGACAGAUGUCCUCUGCCCAGAUCUCUCUUGCCCGUGCUGUGUACCAAGGUGGUGCUGGGGGGAUAACUACACCCAACGCAGGGGUAUCCGUGACGACGGCCAGGACACCGGCUCAGUCUGUGUCUGUAGCAGGAGCUAUGUCUUCAGCUUCUUCACCCGCAACCUCCGGGCCGGCAGCAACGGGUUCCACCGCUCCAGGACCGCCACAAGGGACGUCUCUGACAUCAAAGACAGACAACCAAGCUACAGGAUCCACUCCAUCCAAAGCAGCUGCUCCAGCAGCACGACCCAAAGGCUCCGUCAUCGAUCUCACGGAGGACGACGAUGAUGUCCAAGUGACAGGAGUGAAGAAUGCCACUGUAGCAGCUCCCUCACCGACCCAGCGUCCCAACCAAGUCACCAGCAUUCCCAACAGUGCAGGAGCAAGGUCGUCCCCACAAAGCAAUGUGAACUCGUCCACCAAUCCCCAGUUGACAGUCCACCACCGCCCCCCACUGGACUCCCCAAUAAAAUCCCGUGCUGUAACCAGUGGUACACCAACCCGGGGCUCCAGCAUGGCACUGCCGCCUCUCCCUGUGGCACCCGCACCUCCGCGCUUACCUCCCGAGGCUGAACGGACCUCACCUCCUCAGCAACCUCAGCUGAAGCUGGUGCCAAGCCAGACCGGUAUAGUGCUGUCCUGGUGUGUGGCAGAAACUGAUCGGACCUGCGCAACUGUAGACAGCUAUCACCUCUAUGCCUUCCAUCAAGACAACUCAAACAGCAAUGCAGCGCAGCAGCACUGGAAGAAGAUUGGGGAGGUGAAGGCCCUUCCUCUGCCUAUGGCCUGUACACUGACCCAGUUCCAGUCUGGCUCCACUUAUCAUUUUGCCGUUCGAGCCAAAGACAUCUACGGGCGCUUUGGCUCCUUCUGUGAACCUCAGUGCACAAAUGUCAUCAGCUCUGGCUCUAGCUGAACAGUUAUGGAAUGGAAACAUUUUUUUUGCAUUUGAAAGUCCUUGACUUCCUUUACUUCUUUUUGUGUUAGGAACUCAAAUAUCGUGCAUUGAACAUCUACAGUAUCUGUAAAUAUUUCUCUGCAUAACAACUGGACUUCUGACUGACUUGGAGAACUGAAGCGGCAAACGGUUGGUUUUGUCUGGUUAAUGUAUGUAUUGUAUUUUUUGUGACUCAAGCUGUUAUAUAUAAUUGAAAUACAUCACCCCCACCCUCCCCUACCAAGUCAGAUAUUUAUGUUGUUGUCUCCUGUUACUCUGAUCCGGAUGUCUUUUGCUUUACUCGAGAGUAGGUGACAGAUUGUCAGUGUAAACUCUGAAUUGCACAGAAAUGUAUAAAUGUGUGGUAGAAACUGAAUGAUAACUUUUGUAAGUUUUGUCUGGAGACCAGACUUUGACAAACACAAUAAAAAUGUUUUAUUAAA